AUGGCGACGCCGAUGGUAGAUGAUAGCAACUUCGAGGAUGAUCAGCUCUCUUCCAUGUCCACGGACGACAUUAUUCGGGCAUCCCGCCUCCUUGAUAACGAAAUCCGAAUCCUCAAGGAAGAAUCGCAGAGAACGACUAUGGAGUUAGAUUCAAUCAAGGAGAAGAUAAAGGAAAAUCAAGAGAAAAUUAAGCUCAACAAGCAGCUUCCUUACUUGGUUGGGAACAUUGUUGAGAUAUUGGAAAUGAACCCUGAGGAUGAGGCUGAGGAAGAUGGUGCAAAUAUUGAUCUUGACUCACAAAGGAAGGGGAAAUGUGUUGUGCUAAAGACAUCUACUCGUCAGACUAUUUUCCUGCCUGUGGUGGGUCUUGUUGACCCUGAUCAAUUGAAGCCUGGUGACUUAGUCGGAGUAAACAAAGAUAGUUACUUGAUCUUGGAUACUUUGCCUUCUGAGUAUGAUUCUCGAGUUAAGGCUAUGGAGGUCGAUGAGAAACCAACUGAAGACUAUAAUGACAUUGGAGGCCUAGAGAAACAGAUUCAAGAACUAGUUGAGGCAAUUGUGUUGCCUAUGACACACAAAGAACGAUUUCAAAAAUUAGGAGUUCGUCCCCCGAAAGGUGUUCUUUUGUAUGGGCCACCUGGAACUGGGAAAACUCUGAUGGCCCGUGCAUGUGCUGCCCAAACAAAUGCUACUUUUCUUAAGCUGGCAGGUCCCCAGCUUGUACAGAUGUUCAUUGGAGAUGGAGCAAAACUUGUUCGUGAUGCUUUUCAACUUGCAAAAGAAAAAUCUCCUUGCAUCAUAUUUAUUGACGAGAUUGAUGCUAUUGGUACAAAGCGUUUUGACAGUGAAGUUAGUGGGGACAGAGAGGUGCAGCGGACUAUGCUAGAGCUGCUCAAUCAGUUGGAUGGUUUUAGCAGUGAUGAUCAGAUAAAGGUGAUAGCGGCAACAAAUCGAGCGGAUAUCCUAGACCCUGCCUUAAUGAGGUCUGGUCGAUUAGAUCGUAAAAUUGAGUUCCCCCAUCCUACUGAGGAAGCUCGGGCUAGGAUCUUGCAGAUCCAUUCCAGAAAGAUGAAUGUUCAUCCAGAUGUCAAUUUUGAGGAGCUUGCCCGUUCAACAGAUGACUUCAAUGGGGCACAACUGAAAGCUGUUUGUGUGGAAGCAGGCAUGCUAGCACUCCGACGGGAUGCCACUGAGGUAAACCAUGAAGAUUUUAAUGAAGGUAUUAUCCAAGUUCAAGCAAAAAAGAAAGCCAGUUUGAACUACUAUGCAUAG